AUGCCUGACACAAUACCUCCAGCUCCAAUUCCUCCAGGUCCGAUUGUCCCUGAACCCACAUCAGGGUUAGUAAACGCGAUUUCAAUAAAACUGCCCGAAUUUUGGACAAAAAUGCCUGCAAUAUGGUUUAUUCAGAUCGAGUCUCAAUUUUCAACUCGAAAUAUAACCUCAGAGCAAACAAAAUUUCAUUACGUUGUUCAAGCCCUUCCUCAAGACGUGGCCGCAAGUGUUUAUGACAUACUUAUCAAAGAAUCAAACACGCCUUAUGCCAAUUUAAAAAAAGCAUUAAUCGAUAGACAUUCCAUGAGUGAAAGCAAUCGCAUAGAAGCAUUAUUAUCAGGCGAGGAGAUGGGGGACAGAAAGCCAUCCGAAUUUUACAGAAGACUCCAAACUUUGGCUGGACAAUCUGUGAUUGUUACAGAAAGUCUUAUACUCGAACUUUGGCGCCGACGUCUGCCCGCCCUCGUCCAAGCCUCAAUCAAAUCAACCUCAGAAACAAAAAUAGAAGGUUUACUCAAAAUGGCCGACGAAAUCUACGAGGUCUAUCAGCAACAAAACUCUUCUUUAAAUAUUUCUCUGCAAUCUGAAAGAACAAUAAAUGAACUCACUAGUGCAAAUAAUAAUUUACAAAAAGACCGACUUUCUCAAAUAAUUUUCAAAGAUCCAGGUCAAACUCCAGAAAACCUCAAGCAACCAUGUGCUGGUUCCAUAAGAGAUUCUACUGUCAUUAAUGCGGCUAAUGACAGUAAUAGUCAAGGUGUUCAAAGCCGCAUCUUCAUAAAAGAUCCAAUUUCAAACUUAACCUUUUUAAUCGAUUCUGGUUCAGAUGUCUCUGCAAUACCACCAAGUAAAGUUACAAAAACCAAUCAGAAAAAACCUGAUCAAAUAAUUUCUGCAGCCAAUGGCUCAAAAAUAGAAGUUUUCGCCAAAGAGGAAUUCGAAUACAUGGUGCAAAUCGGCAUUUGUCGACCAUCCUCAUCUCCAUGCGCAUCACCUCUACACAUGGCAGCCAAACACGAAGCAAACGAUUGGAGGUCUUGUGGUGAUUAUCGACGGCUGAACGCCGCCACCAUUCCCGAUCGAAAUCCACUGCCUCACAUUCAUGACUGA